AUGAUGUCACCCGGAUCCUCUGGGGUGACUGACUACAAGGAAACCAAGACGGUCGUGUACGCGUACCUCUCCGAAUUAUUCCGGAUACAGCAGGAGGUGAAGGAAGAUGUGAAUGCCUUCUGCAGCGAAUCGUUCUGGGACAAGGCCGCCAUAUACGUCUUCAGGGGCCACAACGAUGCUGACUAUGAGAAGCCGUACUUCGACCACAACAACUUCGUGGCCUCCACCUCACUCCGCUUCUCCAUCGCCGCCAAUUUUGCCAAGCCGCUGCACACGUCUGCCUACAAGAGGAACAUGCCAGGCGAUACGGGCACGGACAAGAGCACGGUGUACAUCUACAAGAUGUCCGGGGCAUCCAACGUGCUCUUCACACAACCCUUCACCAAGCAUGUCGAGUACGAGAUGACAUUGUUCCCAGACGAUCAAUCGGCCUUCCUCGAGUCCUUGACACGGUACAUGGAUUUCAGCCUAGAGGAGAUUUUUGAUCGGGUCCACGCCAACCCACAGCCCAGAUUGCACGUGCCCCCGAUCGAGACUGUGGAAGAGAUAAACUCCAACAACGUGAACGUCUAUCAUAACAACCUCAUCAUACUCGACUCAGAUUUGGCAAAGGUUUCGGACAGGAAUCUCCACAAAGCGGGAAAACAGUGGAUGUUGUACGAUUUCUUCGCAAAUGUACCACUUGUAGCUUGUCUGCUGACGUUUUACCUUCAGAAGUGGUCGUAA